AUGGUUUCUUCUCUCAAUGAUAUUCCUGAAGAAAUACUCUAUAUUAUCAUAUGCUACUGCACCCCUCAUACAUCAGCAGCUCUAUCUCGAACUGCGCGCAGAUUGAAUAACGCAGUGAAUGAACCGUCGAUUUGGAGAUAUUACUGUCAAACUUAUUUUAAAUUCUGGGAUCCUAAACAUGACAUGCAAAGGAGACUUGGAGACCCCCCCUCCCUGGUAGACUGGAGAGGAUUAUUCAUUGCUCGAUGCCAUGUGGAUCGCACAAUCAACAAUUUACUGGAUAGUAUUCUACAAAGACAAACCGGAAGAAUCAAGAAAUUUCGAGCAGCCAUCAGUCUUGGAUACGACAUCAAAGAUGCUCUCCUGCGCCACAUGUCUGUAGGAUUCGAAGCUGACGACUACCUGUCCAGAAGGUAUUCACCCUGCGGAUCUUUGCUACGGACAUAUUUUCUUAGACUCACAUACUAUCACUGGAUCCAAAGGUACUAUGCAAAAGCCCUACUAACCUGCCUCCAUCGACGUAUCGCUGUUCAAGAAUGGGCAAAACUCAGAAAUGGAGAAUCCCUGUCAUUACAAAGGGCUCUGGGCGCAUUCGACCUAUUCAUCCCAGAGAGUGGGUUUGGAAACUUGGAUGAAGUCAUCACUAAGCUUGAUGAAAUUGCUGCGCAAAUAUUAACAUGUUGCCCUAAUAUUAAUCAGUACACCCCUCGCGAAAAAGCUCGCACCGUCGCGUCAUACCUUAGAGCAAGCAAUCUGACAGGUAUCCAGAUAGGACGCGACUACCACUGCUUGCAGCACCAUUUUCUAGGAUUUGCCUUGAACGACCCAGAGCACAAUUCCCUUCCGCUAAUCUCGGCAGCUAUUUAUUGCUAUAUUGCUCAAAAAGUAAAUCUAGAUGCCCGGCCAUGUGGUUUCCCUUUUCAUGUCCAUGUGGUUGUCAUGCCACCUAUCGGCCGGGAUAUUGACGGCAAAGUCCGCGACUCUACGACAAAUGUUGAACCGAUUUACAUGGAUCCAUUCCGCUCUGAGAAGGAAAUGCCUAUUGAGAAUAUGCAAAAUCAGCUGAACAUCCUAGGAGCAUCAACGGCUGAACAGUCCACAUUUCUUGGCGCAUCCACUGUUGCAGAUAUUGUGCUGCGUUGUGGCAGGAACAUACUGAACUCUGUUCAACACAUAUCUCAAUCUCCGAACUCGCGAGGAUCAGCAAUAGAUGCUGUUGCUGCAAAAUAUGCCGCUCUGUGGUCAUUCUUGUUGUUUUCAACUCCCUCUCGACCAGCAGAACUUAGACAUUACCUGCCCUGGUUCAUGGAGCUGUUCGCGACGGAUUUUCCUUCGGAUAUUGACAUUAUCGAGCAAUACAUUGUGCCGUUGUUUGAAGGGACGCUUGAGUAUGAGCAUAUACUUGAAAGCCUUCAUGUAAUGCGAGCUGUGGAUGAAAUUCCUAAGCAGAUCAGGCGCCGAACGACGAAGCACCUUCGUGUAAAAUACAGGAUAGGCCAGGUCUUUUGCCACCGCCGGUACAACUACACGGCAAUCAUCACAGGCUGGGACACGGAGUGUGAUGCGGGUGAACAGUGGAUGAGAAGAAUGGGCAUUGAUCGCUUGCAGGCCGGCAGACAACAGAGUUUCUACCAUGUCCUGGCCGAGGAUAAGACUGUUCGCUAUGUUGCAGAAGAAAAUGUCCAGAUACUUACUCCUCACUUGUCGGAUUUGCCCACAGCCCUUGUCGAAACUGCGGGGAAGCAGUUCAGCCGGUGGGAUGAUACUCGUCGAAGAUUUGUCAGUAACAUUCGGGAUGAGUACCCAGAUGACUGA